UUUAUUAUGUUAAUGAAAAAAGUUAGGUUAUUUCGACCAAUUUACAUUUGAAAUUAUGGUUUUAAUUAUGAUAAUAAUAAAUAAAUUAUAAAUUUAAUACUGCGAAGGGACUUUUAUAUUUGGAUGUUUAAAUAUGGUAGGCCUUUUGCUUUUCCAUAUCACCCGAUAGCACCCAAUAGAAAUACGUGCAUAUAACCUAUAUUUUCUUUCUAUUUCCUCAUUCUUUAUUUUAGUGAGACAUGCACACAUAUUCAUGUCAAACAUAGUGUGAAAAGAAUAAUAUUUUGGCUUUCGGGGGCCUGAUAUUAGUGAAAAUGCAUAAGCUUAAAUUCUCACAGAAAGACAAAGUCAAAAAAUUUAUAACUUUCACUCAAACUGGUGAACAAACAGCAAUUUAUUGUCUGGCACAAAAUGAUUGGAAGUUAGAUUUAGCCAGUGAUAACUAUUUUCAAAAUCCAGAUGCUUACUAUAAAGAACCCAAAAAUUCUGUUGAUAAAAAGAAAUUAGACAUUUUAUUUACCAGGUAUCAGGAUCCGAGUGAGCCAGACAAAAUCACUGAAGAUGGUAUUAUGAAAUUUCUCGAUGAUCUUUCACUAACCCCCGAAAGUAAAUUGGUUUUAAUUAUCGCUUGGAAAUUCAAAGCAGAAACUCAAUGCGAGUUCACUAAAGAUGAAUUCAUCAAUGGCAUGAAUGAAUUGGGUGCUGAUAGUAUCGAUAAACUCAAAGCUCGACUCAAUAGUUUGGAAAAUGAACUAAGAGAUUCAUUGAAAUUCAAAGAUUUUUAUCAAUUUACUUUUAAUUAUGCUAAAAAUCCAGGUCAAAAAGGACUUGAUUUAGACAUGGCUAUUGCCUAUUGGAACAUAGUUCUUAAAGAUAAAUUCAAGUUUUUGGAUUUGUGGUGUCAAUUUUUACAGGAGCAUCACAAAAGAUCGAUUCCUAAAGACACGUGGAAUCUUCUAUUAGACUUUGCUUUAAUGAUAAACUCAGACAUGUCUAAUUACGAUGAAGAAGGUGCUUGGCCGGUGCUGAUUGAUGAUUUCGUAGAGUGGGCACAGCCACGAGUACGUCAAUCUCUCUAACGUCUUUCAUUUGUAUUACCUAAGUAUCAAAAUUCAAGAAUAUUCCGUCGAUGAGAGAUAAAACAAAACGUUUAAAUUCUAAAAUAAUAAUUACAUUAAUUUGCUUCAUUACUUCAAUAUUAAUAUAUCACAUUGAAACAAUGCUUCUGUUGAGUAACUUAUCAAAUAAGUCACGUGGAAGAACGAUAUUUAAUUUUUGAAAUCACACCUUGUUGCUCAACUACUCAAAUAAUGAUUUCAAAACAUGUUAUGAUAGUUACGGAAAUUAUUAUGAAUAUUACUUCAAUAGUUUUGCUUUACUUCAAUACUUUUUCAAGUUUUAAACAUGAAAAUUUAUAUUGUUUAUAACUAGAUUUACCUGUAAAUAGACAGAAUAAGACAGUAAUUAUGCUGUUAAACUAAUAUAUAAAACAUAACAACAUAAUUACGAUAGAAAAGAAUUCUUAUAAUGAGUUAUUUUCUGCUAUUUUUGGCAUUAGAAUUAGAUUAUUUAUUAAGUUUCUAUUUUGACAGCUUUUGGAACUUUUACAUUGCCAUUAGUAUGUUAUGUUUUUUUUAUUUUACUAAAAUUUCAUUUCGUUAAAAAGAUACUUAACGUACUAUCCAUACUAUUACAAUAUAAAUAUUCUAUUAAUCGUAAAAUUUCGAUAUUCCUGAUUUUUCUUAAAGUUGUUAUUGAUACUUGGCUGUAAAAUACCCAGUGGAUAAACAAAAUGAGAUAACUAAAAUUUUACUAUUACAUCUUUGACAAUUAAAGUGAGUGUAGAGUACUUAGAUCAAAUAUCUAUUUCAAAUAUAUAAAUUAUUUGUCUAUCUGAAUAUAUUCUUUGAAUUGUUAAAAAUUGGAAUUUAACGUUAUAACGUUCAUCAAAAAAAUUAU